CAUUUGCUUGCCAACCGCCACUAACUCGAAAGAAGAAGAGGAACAUCCAGUGUAAACACAUAAUAAUUUUCGUUAUCAUGGAAGCUGUUGUUGGUGAGGUUGUUGCCCCAGAGGAUCUGGAGAAAUUUGAGAAGAAAUACAAGGCAGAGUUAUCAAAGGGUUCUGUGUCUAAAGACACGCAGUUCGAGUAUGCGUGGUGUCUGAUCAGAAGCAAACACCCGGAGGACAUCAAGAAGGGAAUAGUGCUGCUCGAUGAACUUAUCCAUAAGGGUACCAAGGAUGACCAGCGAGAUUAUCUGUUUUACCUGGCUGUUGCCAAUUAUAAGCUCAAGGAAUAUGAGAGAGCUCUGAAAUACAUCAAGAAUUUACUGAGGAAUGAACCAGGAAAUUCUCAAGCUGAAGAACUGGAGAAACUCAUUGAUAAAGCCAUGAAGAAAGAUGGGCUGGUUGGAAUGGCAAUUGUUGGUGGCAUUGGCCUUGGUUUGGCUGGAUUGGCUGGUCUCAUUGGUUUAGCUGUGGCUAAGAAAUCUGCAUAAGAGGAUGUGCCGAGCCAAAUCACAAUGCCUUGCAAAUGAGAAAAGUAUUUAGCCAUUUUUGGGGUUUGGAGUCAUCAUAACACUGACAGAGAACAGAUUAACUCGCUGUUGCCUUACUAACUUUUCCUCCAGAUAAAGCCAGUGCUUUUUAAAGUCAGAAAAAUUUCACAUUUAUAGCAAAACAGAGCUGCACCUGUUCACAUUAUAUAUAUGUUUUGUCACGAAAUGUAUAAAAGGGAUUUAAUAAUAUAGAUCUUAAAACAUAUAGCAUUUGAUUGUUUUAACUUAUUUAUUCUUUGUAUUUGUAAUAGUUUUAGCUUAUUCUUUGAUUUUUGUACAAAUGCCCUGUACCAUCACUGAGCAUGCAAAAAUAUAGAUAUACAUCAGCAGCUGCAAUGGAAAAUUUAUUUAAUUGUUCAUUAACUAAAUAUAUAUAAGUAGUUUUUUUACUACCCCAUUAGCAUGAACAUUUUUGUCUUGUAUUUCACCUCCUUAAACAUUACAACUAAGUGUAUGUUUGUCAAAACCCAAACAAUUUGUGCUUUUUAUUUGAACAGAUUUUAAGGCAAUUUGGAAUAGCAUUUCUUUCAGAUGUUAGAACCAGACUCAACAUUUUAGCUAAAAGCCUGCUAUUUAAGUAGCAAUCUUAGUGUAGCCAUAGAUACAUAAGACAAUAGAGAGUGCAAGGGCUGACUGAUAUAAAAUGGUAUUGUUGAAAAUGAGGUGUUUUGUGUUGGGGGG